AUGAGUCUGAGACUAUUUAUUGGGAAUGAGACAGAUCGACAGCCACUGUUAGCCUUCAAGACGCAGAUAAGUCAUGAUCCUGAAAACGUUUUUAGCUCUUGGAAUGAUUCCCUCCACUUCUGCGAAUGGGAAGGUGUUACAUGCGGCCACAAGCAUAGAAGAGUAUUGGUGGGUUCCCUAUUAGAUCUUCAGUCCAGAGGUUUGGUGGGUUCCCUGUCUCCAUUCAUAGGAAACCUUAGUUUCAUUAGAGAAAUCGUGCUCUUCAACAACACCAUUGGUGGCAAAAUACCUGAUGAAGUUGGUCGUCUAUUCAGGUUGGAAGCAUUGUUCUUGUAUAACAACUCCUUCAAUGGGAAAAUUCCCGCAAACCUUUCUCACUGCUCCAACCUAAAGUUCCUUAGUGUAGGUAAAAAUAAUCUGUCAGGUUCAAUCCCAGUGGAGCUUACAUCUUUGUCAAACCAGGAGUUGCUUUCUGUUCACAUGAACAAUCUUAAUGGAGGUAUCCCACCUUUCAUUGGGAACCUUAGCUCUCUACAACGUAUAUCUGUCACCUAUAAUGUCCUGGGAGGACAUAUUCCAGAUUCCAUGGGUCAAUUAAGAAGCUUAACGUUUCUUGGACUAGGUGACAAUAAAUUCUCCGGUAUGAUUCCUCUAUCUUUAUACAAUCUUUCGUCUAUUGUGAUUUUUGCAUUGGCCAACAAUGAUCUUGGAGGAAGUCUUCCUACAGACUUAUUCCUCACCCUUCCUCAUCUCCAAUGGUUUCAGAUUUAUGGAAACCAAUUUACCGGAUCUAUUCCAGUCUUAUUAUCUAAUGCUUCAGAGUUGAAAGUCUUUUCAGCUGAAUUGAACAAUUUUACAGGAAAAGUGUCAGUCAAUUUUGGAGGAUUACAACGUUUUUUGAAACUUAAUAUUUAUGGAAAUAACUUAGGAAGUGGAGAUGCUGAUGAAAUGGAUUUCUUUCAAUCUCUAGUCAAUUGUAGCAGUUUUCAGUACAUGGGUCUUGCAGCGAAUCAAUUCGAAGGUACAUUACCUAAAGCUUUGGGCAAUCUUUCAACACAGCUUAAAUUUUUCUCAAUUAGCCAAAAUCUUAUUUUUGGAGAAAUUCCUUCAGGAAUUUGUAAUCUGGUCAACUUGACCAACUUAUAUAUGGCUGAUAACAAAUUAACAGGUACAAUUCCCAGUGAUAUUGUACCAUCAGAGGUCGGCAAUCUUGUUCAUUUAGUGGAAUUAGUGUUAUCUGAUAAUAAGCUUUCUGGUGAAAUUCCAAGCAACUUAGGCCACUGCACUAGCCUUCAGUACCUUUACAUGGAUGGCAAUUUCUUUCAAGGAGUAAUCCCAACACCCUUGAGUUCUUUGAGAGGUGUUGAAGACAUAGAUCUUUCUAGGAACAAUCUUUCAGGUCAAAUUUCAAAUUUCUUAGAGGAACUGUCCUUGAAGAAUUUGAAUUUAUCCUUCAAUGAUUUUCAGGGUGAGGUUUCAACAAAAGGAAUUUAA